AUGGCCGCAGUUGCCACUGCUGCCCCCACCGCUCAACCCAACGCUGCUCCUGAACCCGCCUUCUCGUCCUGGGGCAAGAAGUACAACCCGAAGCUCUGGAACGGCUGGGGUGACGCUCCUGGCCAGGUCUACCGCCGUGAAGCUGAAGCUGACCCAGCAUUCUCCUCAUGGGGUAAGAAGUACAACCCUCACCUCUGGAACGGCUGGGGUGAUGCACCUGGCCAAGUCUAUCGCCGCGAGGCCGAGGCUGAAGCCGACCCUGCCUUCUCUUCCUGGGGCAAGACAUACAACCCCAAGCUCUGGAACGGCUGGGGCGACGCACCCGGCCAAGUCUACCGCCGCGAGCCCGAGGCCACCACCACCGAAGCCGCUGCCGUCGAGACUGAGGCUGCUGAGGCCAAGUAA